AUGGUGAAUUCAAAUAACAUUGCUUAUGAUCCUCCACAUGUUGAUCAACAGGAUCCUGUUGUCAAUCAAGUAGGAAGGGACGACGGACAAGCAAAAGUACCACAAGAAAUCCAGCAUCGUGAUGGUGAUCCACAAGAGAAAAACAACAUCGGAUACAACGCAGCUGUUAAUCAAGUAGUGGAUCAGCACGGAAAUGAAAUUCCUCGUCAAAAUUUCAAUGAUUCUGGUCAGGCUGCUGUACCAAGGGAAGAAGGCCAACAACAACCUCCACCACAACUCCUACCUGAAGAAAUUGCCAUCAAUGCCAGAUUGACAGGAUUUGGAAUGGAUGCAUUAAGUUUUUCAAUCGACGGCAAUCAGCAAAAACUAGCUCACUCUUUAAUCUUUUUGGGCAGUUGUUUGUUCUACCAGUUUAGUCCAGCCAACGUCAACUUGAAUUAUAUUAUUUGGCUAUUUAACUCUUAUGGGUGUACCAAAGUGCCUUGGAACCCAGAUCUCACUCUUGACAAUUAUAGACAGUUGCUUCGUGAUCUAUUGUCAGUCAUAGAGAGUAGACAGACUACUGAGUAUCAGAAUGCUGAUGCUGGCUCAAAUGAUCAAGUAUCGUCAGUCCCCGAUGAAACCAAAUACAGUAUCCUUUCUUCUACUUCCAAUGAAAAUCAAUUGGAUGCAGAGGUUGUACAUCGGUUAGAGAGAUUGAUUAACUUGAAAACGAAACCAUUUAGAGUGAAAGAGCUCACUUUUUCUGCGGAUGCAGAUACGUCAAAACUGGCUCGUGAUUUGAACGAAAUUGGAAAACAAUUUCGGGGUUAUCAUUCCUCCUCCAUUGGCAAUCUUAGAUCUGUUUUGCACUCUCUUGAAAAAUGUGGUAUUACUGCAGUUUCACUUAGCUACAACGAACAAUCUUUGAGUCAAAUCAAAUAUGCAAAGAAAAAACCUUAUGAGAAUAUGUUGUCAUAUAUUUUGAUUUUGGCAGAAGAAAAUGUUGGACGGAAAUUAUUGGAAGUGCAUAUUGAUACUAUUAAGGAGGGACUUGAUGAUUUUAUUUACCACUUUCUUUCAUAUAGUUACCUUUACAGAAGUGAUGAAGUGGAUGCUGAUUUUUAUUCAGUUCUUCCCAAUAUUCAUGAGAUGAUUGAAUUAUAUUACGGUAACAUUGGUUUGACACCUCUUUUAGCCCUACAAACCGUCCUAUCCGUAUUAUUGAACAAACAGAAUGACUUACCCAAACUGCUAGAAGUACUAACAAGCGUUACCUUAAGUCCAAAUAUCGGAGGUCUUGACUGGAGUUUGGACAUUCUCAAACACCUGAGAAAGUAUUUAACAAAAGUUGGAAAGCAACAUUUUGAAUAUGAAUAUCUAUUGACACUAUUACUCACACGACUUAAUUUACCAAAGGAGUGGACAGAUUUUUGGAAGAGCAUCAACAACAUUUCUUCCCAACAGUUCGAUUGGUGUUACCAAAUAUUUGUCAAAGUUUAUUCCAUUCCCAAUUCUCGCUGGAUUUCAGAGGCUUUGGUGAAGGUAAACGACCCUCAUAAGUCUCAGUACCUACAAACGUUCCUGACUACCGUGUUGCGACAAAACGUGGACGUUUUUCACACAGUUUGGAAUCAGCUGAUUGAGAAUGUUGGGAAUAAUGAUAUUGGAUUUUGGACUUCCUUACUUUUUUCAGUACUUCCGAGCACCUUUUCGAACCAGAUUAUCGAAAAAUUAAUUUCUUCAGUAGUACCGAAAAAUGUCACAGCGUUGAAAGAGGAGACGGUAAAGAAUAUUUUGAACGUUCUAAACACAUAUCCAACCUAUCAACAAGCAUAUCUCAAAAUACUCAACUCUAGAAUACCUUGGAAAACUAUCACUGUUCCUCAAAUGAAAAUGGUUGUAAACACUUUACCCUCUACCAUGGUAGACGUGGAGACACUUUUUGCGUUUUUCAAAAAAGAAAGCUCAAGGAAAAAUUUGGAUUCUUUACUUGAAAUUCUUGGCCUGUUUAUUGAGAAACAAGCACAUGUCCCCUUUGAUCUUAUGGUCUCAAUUGUGGUAAAGUGGUUGGAUGUGAUGUCCGAUUUAGAGCCCAUUAUAAGCCUUUUGAAAUGUGAGCAAAUUGCCCAUUGGUCGUUAGACGUUUCAUCUCAAGAAAUGGAUACCCUUGGAGAAACUGUAGCAGAAGUGUUGUCAAGAAAAUUCAAUUUGGAGAAGAGAUUACAAGCCAUGGACUUUUUACUUUCACUUCUCGAACACGUUGAUGUAGCUAUGCCAUUUGUCCAAGUUUUUUCUAACAAGUUUGUGAUCUCGUGUUAUCUUUCUGCAGGUUCAUCGAAGGAAAAGCAAAAGGUUACCUCUCAAUUAAUCAAAUCCUUGGGUGCUGCAAAGAGAGCACAUUUGUUUUUCCACAUAUUGUUUUCAUAUAGCGAAAGUAUUGAUGACGUAGGAGCUUUUGUUGAUUCUAUCAACAUGUAUCUUGGUAUCAUUUCUGUUUGGAAAAAGUACAAAAAUCAUGAUGAAGAAGUCGAAGAAAAAUUCAAUCAGUGCAUUAGAACACCUAUCCGCAAGAUGAAAGAAAAAAUUGCUGAUCAACUAGUGACGUAUGAAGAGUUGGAAUUGUUGACCAAGAACAAGAAAAUAGUGUCUGAAUUGUUUAAAGAAGUUGGAAUUACAAAAGAAAUUGACUGGGAUACAUGGCUUAAGUACUCUCUUAAGACAAAGCAAGAGUAUGAACAAUACAAGAACAUGAUAGCAUGGUUUAGAGAGUUUCCAUCCUUAUCUACUCUAUUAGCUGAAUUGGAGCAACCUUCUUUUGCUGAACGUAUCACUAUCAGUGAUAUGGAGGACCAACUAUCGGUUUUCCAAGGCAUGCUUAGUGAAUUUGACAAGGAGGACACAAAGCAUCUCGUGUUGCAUUUCCAGACUAACAAGAGCUUACUAUUUAACUCAUUAUUUAACAGGUUUUUACAUGACAAAUCAGUAUCAACCUUUGAAGACGCGGCUGAUGCUUUAAGAGAGGUGAUUUCCUUUUUGAAGGACAUUGAGAAGUCAACCAUUCGAGAACUUAAAGAGUAUCAAAUUUUAGAAGUGGCCAAGAUGAUAAGAUCUAAAGGUACAACGUUGAAACGUGAAAUAGAAAUGAUCUCUGAAGCUAUUAGCUCUGUUGGAUCAUCUGAUGCGAACGAAGUAGAUUUGAAUUCUUUACGAAGGGCUCUGGAGUUGGAAGAGAUUGGUUUAGGAAUUGAGGUUUUAAGAGAUUGUCUCCAAGAUUACAAUAUGGACAUUAUUAGACAAAACUCUUUCAAAGACUUACUAGAUCUUGGUGAAAGAUUGAAGUCUUUAUUGGACUUGAAAUUGGAUAGCGUUCAUACAAUGCUUCAAAAAACCAGUGAAAUUUUACCUGGAUUAGAAGCGUUUCACUUUAGUUAUUUUUCCAUGUUGCUCACACCCGAGUCAAAGGCACUGUUACAAUUCAUCAAGGAUAACAGUGACAACUUUGAAGAAUCUGUCAAAAUUGUUCGGGCUCGUAGUCGAAGUACAAAGUUUCAUGAGGAGUUGGUGAAUUCUCUUAUGAUUGCUAAAGAGCUAAUUACCCCAUUUCUUAAUUCACGAGUUUCUCUUGGCGAUCUUAUCAAAAAGGUCAUUGACAUAUUCAAGAGAGAAGAGGAUUUAUCCAAGCUCAAUGAUCUUAAAAUAGUUAAUGACAAUCUAACAACUGUCAAGGUUCUCUUUUCAAAAACAUCAAUCGUCAGUCUAGAUGACAUAUUUGAGAUCGUUUCCACGAUAAUGAAGUCCGGUCAUUAUAUCUCAAACCUACAGACAGGAGAACUUGUCAUUCAUUACAGUGUGCAAACAGAGUCAAGUGAAUCAAAGAAAGAGGUCUUUGGAGACGAGUUGCUAGAUCUUGUAGGCAUUUCAAUUUUUAGAUCGUCUGACACGGUCAACGACUUGAACGAUAGCGCAAGUUUAAAGAAUGAUUUGAAAUUUUUUGUUAUGAUGUAUCAAACAGCAUUGAAAGCUCACUCUGUGAUAUUGAGCUUGUUUAAAGAAGGUCAUCCAAAAUACCAACAAUCAAACCUGAUAGCUCUUUGUGAAGACAUGACUUUGGAAAGCUUGGAACAAGGCUUAUGCUCAGCGGAAACAACAUUGAAAGAAUGGAAGACAGCAAUCAAACACCUGACCGAACAAGUGCCAAGAAUUUUGAAAUUGUCUCGCCCUCAAUUGACACAAUUUGUUUCAAUAUUAUUGAGGGUUUCCAAGUUGGGUGAAACCAACAACUGUUCGUUCUCUCAUCUUAUACCAUAUCUUUGUACUAUGCUAAACGAUGACUUAGAGAGCCUGCAAGAGGGCGUUAGUGUUGAAAUGGUGAAAAAUACACUCUCCACGGUACUGCAAGAAAAUGAGAAUUCAGACAUUUUGGAACUGGUAAAGAGAUUUAUGGAGUCGUUAUUAGAGACUCUCUAUAUUGACUCGGAAAUCGAAACAUCCUCUGCUAAAUAUCAAUCCAAAGUAAUUUUUGACAUGAAGUCUAAGGAUAUCCCACUCUCUAUUAUAGGAAUUAUGACGACCCUUACCGAGAAAGCAACGUCAUUAAUUCAGUAUUCAAAUAUUUUUUAUUGCCAUUCAGGUACCACCAAAGAGGAAAUGCAGUGGUUCAAUAGUAGAAGAAAGAUUUUUGCUGACUCCAAAUAUGUUAUUGUGGGAGUGAAUAAUCUUGGACUGAGCGUGAAGGAAGAAUUAGUGAAGUUUGAAUAUGAUGCAUUCGACAGUGGUAAGAGCGUCGGAGAAACCUUUUUACUCUUCACAUCUGAUAUGGGAAGAGACUCUUUUUCUUUCAUAGGCACAAUAUCUGUUGUGGAUUUAGCUGUUGACGAUCACCUGAAAAAACAUAUUCGGACGAGUUUUUUGAGCAACCAAUGCAAGAUCAAAGAUAUCCAUCUUGUGAAAGGACCAAUUUGUUGUGGAAAGUCUCGGUUUAUUAAGAAGAAGCAGAGUAGUGACAAUGAACAGUACAUACGAAUUUCUGUACGGGAAGACUUUUCAAAAUUACAAUUCUUUGAAAAUCUUUCACGAUAUGAAGAAUCCAAGAAACAGAUACUCUUUCAUUUCGACAUUUCAUGCUUUGCUGAGUUUCUUGACUUUGAGAAAUUUAUAUUGGAGUGGUUAUUAGGGGGCUAUCUACACUUAGAUGACGGGAAGAUCGUUAUCAACCCAUGGAACACAGAUAUCGAAAGUAUCAGGCUUUUCUUUGAGAUUCCUUGUACUCUUGACAAGAGAGAGCCAGACUUAGAACUUUUAAAAUUUUUGUCGUUUUCGAACAUGCCAACAGUUCUGGACGCUAAUGUGGGCAAUUUUGAUUACUCUUCAAAGAAGGCCCGCUAUGUUGCAACCGUUUUAAGCUUGUUCAACAAAAGGUCCGUGAACAAUAUUGCAUCGUUCAUGCAAGCAGAACAAAAUUUGGUUUCUUCCCAUGAAUCUAAGGAUAUAUUAUGUGACUUGUUCAGAAAGUGUGAGAUUUCUUCUACUCAUGCUCACAGAAAGUUGUUUAUCAAAUUGAUGCACGAACGAUUCAAAGGACUUUCAUCUUUCCACAAACACUACAUCGACCUAAGGAAUAGUGGAACAGAGGAAAAUUUGGAAACAGUUUUGAAUGUUGAGUCACUAUUGAACUCCAUUAAUGCAAAAUUGAUUCCUAUUUUUAAGGAGGAAUGUAUUGUGAUGGCAAAUGAUGAGAUCAAACAGAGUUGGAUGAACCUUCCUGUAUUGUUUGCAGUUCCUUCUGAUACAGGCAUGAUCAAAGAGUAUGACAUCAUUAAAUGCUCAGGCUGCAAGAAACAAACAAAUAUAGAGAAUAUGCGUAUACUUGACAUUGACAAAGAAAAUGAAAGCAAAAUAAGGUCAAUGCUCAAUACAACCUUUAACACCAACGUGACCAAUCUAUGUGAAUCUACAGACUACCUUCUGACAAAAGAUUUCGUCAUCAAAAUUCACUUGGUCAAUGAAAGAAGAAAAGUUGGCAAGUCUUUGAUUUUACAAUCAGAAACUGGAACAGGAAAGACUGAAAUGCUACGUUUUUAUGCAGAUGUCUUAAACUCUCAUUCCAAUAUCUGUCCAGAUAUCCGUUAUGAGCUUAAUUCAAAUUGGUUCAAACAAGAAUGGAAGAAACUUCAAGACAAAAUUCAAAUUGAAGAGAGGAAGACGGUGAAUGAUGAUAAAGAAAAAAUCAAAGAAAAUAUCAUUGAGCUACUUCGAACCACAGAGGAUCAAUUUGGGAAUGACGAGUAUUUAGAAUUGGUAAAAUCUCUCAUAAGAUUUGUGAAACACCUAUUUGAAUCGUACAAGCUUUUGGAAAGAACAACCGCCAUUUCAGCAAUAUUUAAUGCUUUUGAAUCCAAUGAUUUCACAUCUUUUGACAUUAAGAACAUUGCAGAAUGGCUGUCUCAUAUUGAGGCAGCACGACCAUCUAGCAUCUUCCACAAAAUUCUAAUGCAUUCAGGAAUUACUGCAGAUCAAAUAAGAAAAGAAAUUAGUGACAUUUUGGAUAAGAAGCAGAAAUGUUUGGAGCAAGGCAUUCCUGAUUUAAUUACGGUUGUAUUUAUUGAUGAGCUUAACACAACAUCCUGCAUGGGUAUGAUUAAGGAAUUAAUGAUUGACCAUUCGCUAGACGGUGUCAAAUUACCCAAGUCUAUUUUCUUCAUUGGAGCUAUCAACCCAAAAAACAAAACAAAAUCUGCACUUCUAAAAGAAGGUUAUCAAGUAUCAAAAGUUUCCAGCAAGAAUCGUUCAAAGCUACCUGGAGAUGAAGAUGUGAUCAUUAAUGCAGGGGACUAUGAAGGAGAAUACAUUGUCAACGAUAUGGCACCCUCCAUGGAAUUGAUCAAGUUUGACUAUGGUGACUUGUCGCCGGCGCAAGAGCAUGAUUUUUUGCGUCUACUGCUGGAACAAGAGCAAAAGAAAAGAGAUGUUCAAGAUGUAGUCACGACCGAAUUGCAACAGUUCAUUUACACCUCACAAAGGUUUGUUGCUGAAGCUCGUCUUCAUAAAAUUCGAGUUUCAAUUCGAGACUUGACAAGAGCGAACAAAUUGUAUUGGUUCCUUAGAGAGAAUGAGGUAAUUCGCUUAGAUCCCAACGAGAAUACAGAAGAAAACAAACACGUCCACGGCAUUAUCAUGUCGAUAGCUCUAAAUUAUUACUUCAGACUUCCGCAUGAGAAUCGAGAAAAAUUUGAGAGAGUCAUUGACGACCUUGUGAAAAAUCAAUUCCCACACUACUCAUAUUUACAAUUCGGUGCUACUGUGAAGACUUGCCUCCGUGAUUUUUAUCAACGAGCGAAAGAAUGUGGCUUCAUUCCUGAUGGAAUUGCCCACACUCAAGCAUUUGCAGAAAAUCUGUUUGCCAUGAUCGUGUGUAUACAAUCUGUAACUCCGUUGUCAAUAGUUGGUAGUCCUGGAAAUAGCAAGACAUUAUCAUACACGUGUGCAACUCAAAAAAAACGAAGUCUAUUUCCAACUAUGAAGACUGUACAUAGUCAACACUAUCAGUGCAAUGAACUGUCAACUGCAUCAGAAAUAGAGACAGUACUUAAAAGCUCAGUAGAAACCAAGAAGAAAUAUGAGCGCGCUGGCAUGCUGAAUGAGCUUUGUUCAUUAUUGAUUGACGAGGCAAGCUUACCAAUUGAACAAAAACAUGCUCUCAAAUGCAUUCAUUACUACUUAGACAAACCUUAUAUUUGUACAGUACUGAUUUCUAAUAUGAGACUUGACGCAGCCAAAUCAAACAGAGCAAUUCAAAUCAUUCAACCUUCUCUGAGCUUCGAUGAUUUGCAAGCACUAUGUAAAGGUGUACUAAUGCUUGAUGAUAACGAUGCUAACUCCUAUUCAAGAAAUGGAAAGAUCAUUACUGCGCUUUGCAAAUCUUUCCAACAAGUGAACGAGGUGUUACAAAGUCCAAUUGUCCAAAGAGAGCCUGAAGCUAACCAAACUUCAGCCAACAUUGCCUCUUGUGGUAUUUUCCACAUGCGAGAUUUUGUCUUCUUCUUGAGAAUGUUACGAAGAAAUGCUGGUGGUGGAGAUUUAUUUUCUCCCAACAAUAUUUAUUACAGCUUACAAAGAAACUUGAAUGGCGUUUUUAACCAAGAUUUUGAAGCUAUUUGUAAUCUAUUCUUCACUAACAUCAGACGUGAAUUGGGAACUAAUGAUUUCAAAAUAUACAUUCCUUCAACAAAGAAGUAUAUGCAAGUUGUUGAAGAUAGCAUUACUGAUCGGUUGAAUAUUCAACAAGGAGAAGAUCCAAAUCAAUCUCAUUUUCGUUAUACCAUGAUAAUAGAUCCAAGCGAGUCUCAAUCUUCAAUUGAAUUACUUUUCAAAGCAGGUAAACUAAAACAGAAAACAAAAGUUGUUUAUAUAAGCGACUUUAAAGAAGACUCAAAUGAUUUGUCUCUAUCGCAAGAAAUUAGCGAGGUGAAACAAGCAAUGGAAGAAGGUGCUUGUGUUAUUUUAGUGAAUUCGGCAGCCAUUAACUCCAGCUUUUAUGAUGUGUUCAACAGACACUUCACAACAAUUAAUGACAGAUACUUUGCAAACGUUAGUAUUAGAGGAACCACACAUCCAUGUCUCAUUAAUCCACAAUUCCAUUGUAUCCUUCAUGUACCGUUAAGCCAAUAUAGAACCAUGCCCAUACCUUUGUUGAAUAGAUUUGAAAAAUAUAUUGUUGGAGCAGAGCAAAUUUUACAAGACGCCAUUCCAAUAGAAUCUAUCACGGAAAAACAAAAUAUUUUGAAACAUAUUAGAGAUGGUGUAACCGAUUUCAUUCAGCAAUUUCAUCCUGAAACUUUCUAUGGCCUUACUCCAAAUGAAACUGUAGACUCACUCAUGUUGCGAGUAAUUCACGAUUCUACUGAAGAAAUAUCUAUCAAAAAACCUCUUGCUAUAAGAAAUGAGAAAAUUAUUCGACUCAUGAAGGAGAAAGAUAUCGAAGACCAUGAGGAAGAUGACAACAUUAACACAGGUACAUCAUCCAAGAGAUUAAGAGAAUAUAUAAGAUCUGUGAACUUUUUACUAUUACAAAUAUGCCCACCAGAAAAUAUUUACUUGAAGAGGAACAUUAUUCCUAUUUCCUAUUUAAUCGAAUAUUUAACGCAUCAAGAGCACUUUAGUGCUAUUUCUUUUUUGAAGAAUGCUAUCCAGUAUCACUUUACAAACAACUUAACAGAGCCCUCAAAGUAUUUAUUAUAUUUGAGACAUUCUAGCGGUAUCCAAAACUUGCCAGAGAGCUCACAUAUUCAUGAACUACUAACAUCCCAUUUCCAAAGUCCUGACUACUUGCUAGAUGAUGACGCGCCUUUAAAUGUAAUUACUGUGGCAUCCGUUUCAUCCUUCUCUUCACAGAUAGAGAUUUGUGAGUUGCUUGAUAACUUUGCUGAAAAUCCAAACAAGUUGGUGCUGAUAUUUACUGUUGACAUGUCUUCAAUUUCGAAGCAAGUUGUGAAUUAUAUCAAGUUUAAAGUUGACAACAUGUUAUCAUCUUCAGUAACAAAGAUUAACGGUCUCAAGCCAUUUGUAUCUCUGCUUUUACAUUUCCCUCCAGAAUGUGCACAAUUUAAAGCUGCCUAUGAUACCAUUUUCACAGAUUGGUCUUACUAUUAUGUUGAUAGUUUAUUGACUCCAGACAUUGUAAACGGUUCACAAAACCAUGUAGACAAGGGCUUUGAGAAAUAUCAAGAUGCAAGAUACUGGUUUUGCGUUGCUGUUGGACUUAUUAACUCUUUCGAUUUAGAAGAUAGGAAACAAUUUCAACAGGCCUUUAUUCCUCUCUAUGAAACAACAUUAGUUGAAAACAUUAGAGAAAACUCUUCUAUAAUCUCUUCUACAUUACUUAACCAAUACUUUGUUAGACAAAGAAAAUUCUCCCUGCCACAAAAAUCAGAAUUUGUGGAACAUUUAUUGAAAAAUUUCAAACCUUUAAGAGAUAUAAUUCUGAACAUGUUCUCUGAAAAGUGGAAUACAAAAGAAAUAUCUUCAAUUGUUAACAAUAUUUGUCAGGGCAUUACUAGUGGAACAGUUGUAAAUGGCAUAAUCCAAAGUAUCUCAAACGCUCUGUCGUCCAAACUUAUGGAAAUGAUGUACUCUAUCACAAGAAAGUUAAUUCUACUAACCCCAUCUGUGGAGAAUUUAUCACAACCCAAUAUGGGUGCUGUUGAACUACAGACUAAGAUAAUGGAAAUGUUUAUCAAGACUUCCCUAAAGAAAAACAAGUACAAUGAACGUGCUGCAAGCUCCUCUCAAAUGGUCCAAGAAAACCUGCACUUUUCUUCAUUACUACUUGAUAGAAUUGAGAACCAGCAAUCUUCAGAUCUGAUUUUAGAAGAAAUUACUGAUAUCAUUGAAAUGGAUAAGAACAUGUUUGAAAAAUUCCGCUGGGAUGCAAUUGCAUAUCAUUUCUCUAAGGACAUCAUCAAAGAUGCACAGUCCAUCAAAUUGGUCGACAUAUUAUUGUCACCUACUUGGAAAUUUGAUGAAAAGAGACGAAUUUUCAAGUUAAUAUCAUACAUGAAACAGGAACGAGCAAAGAAUUACAUUAGCUUGAUAUUUUCUGUACUGAUCGAGUUUAAAUUUGUAAAAUUUUUAGAGAGCGACGAGUUUGUUAAAUCAUUGGGAAAAGUUGGACUUGUAUUCGAGAAAGCUUUAGAGCACAUUUAUAGAUACAGUAUUGAAUUUUUGUUCACAUCACUCGCUACUGCAAUGUCCUCUUCAGAUAUGAAUUCUCUUUGUAGUUGCAAAGGAUGGCUAAAUUCUCUAAACUUCUUCAACAUGAAACACUUUACAGAACAGUCCGCAUUCCUAAAGAACCCAAUGACUGAAAGAAUUUAUUUACUGAACUGUAUUUUGAACGGGCUGGAAGAUAUGACGGAACCAACACCCAUUAAGGAUUUAUGGCAUCGUUUUGAGAAGAAAAUGCACGAUCAAAGCAAAUUGUCAGAAUGUUUCAAAGACGUCGUUGAGAUGAUUCAUCCUACUUUGAUGACAUAUCUAUCGGAAGACUCUCAACGUGUUUUCAUUAAUAAUCUUCUUCAUUUCACAUAUAUAUUUUCUCUUGAACAUUGGACAGUUCCUUCUUUAACUCAAUAUCUGGAAGUCAUUCAUUUGUUUGAAGGUCAAGUGAAUGGCCCUUCUAUUUGGAAAAUGAUUAAUCUUGGAUCUCUCUCAUCAAUUAUGGAUCAAAUAACUCGACUAUUACUUGAAAAUAGACUUCAUGACAAUUUAAGAAAAUGCAUUUCAAAUUAUUUAAACAAGUUUGAUAAUUCAAUGCUUAUUCCAGAAGACAUUACACUCAACAAACAACACUCUGUAGUCACAUUAUUGCAGUCGUCGUAUAUUAGCCACAAGCAACAAAUGUCAUGGAUUUCAUUUUUGGAAAAUUAUGUGAGGGCAAAUAACAGUGUUAUUGGUUGUGAAAAACUUGAUCUUUGCAUUGAUAAUGCAAACUCCAAGUUGCUUUUAAUCAAAUUCGCAGAGCAUCUUGUCGAGAAAAAUAAUCCUAAAGAAACCAUAGAAGGACUUACAGCAGAAACAAAACAAUUGUUACUCAACGCUAUGGGAAAGCAUUCAAACAUGCCACUCUUUUUAUUGUCACGGUAUGCCACUGAUGACCAUUUGGAACAAGUCAUCACUAGUAACAGAGCAGAACUUGCUAGUAUUGGUUUGGGAAAUUAUCAUCUUGAGAAUAUUGUUAAGGACUACAAAUCUUAUCACUUUACGUUCAUGCAUAAUCGACAACACCCAAUUUACAAUAUUUUCUCAAGUAUGCGAGACCGAGCGAAUAACCCACAAGAAUUUGAGAACUAUGUGUUACAACAAGCACCACAACACAAGUACACUAUUAGAAUGCUUCUUGUUGUUAUUUCUUACAAUUACUACUUUUUACAAAUGAAAAGAUGUGAUGCAGUGUUAUCUUGCUUACAAAAAGCAAAUGUUAGAACGGCCUUAUCUAUUGAAGAUGUCGAACUACCCGCUUUUACAAAGUUUGCAUCUGAACCAAUUUCUGUACCAGCUGAAAAACAGCAACAUGAAUUUACAGAGUAUUAUCUGUCCAAAGAGUUCAUUGCUUCAGAUCAUGACAAGAUUUUAUUGCAUUUAUUUGCCAAUAUCACAGCAGUGACGCUUGGUGUUCCAAAAGAAAAGAACCAUCUCUACAAUCGUAUGUUCCAUCCUGAGGUGUUAGCAAAUUCAUUUGGACCAGGUUCCACUUAUCAAGAUCAAAAUUGGGACUGUGGUUUUAUUGUAGCAGGUGUUGAAAUUGCAAAUAUUGCCAACACGAAUAUUAUGAAUAGAAGUCAAAUGCAUCAUGCAGCUCUUAACACAUUGACAUGGGCUGCUUUUACUUUAUGUGUUCUCUUUGAUCCAGCUAGAAAUCAAGCAAGUGCUAAAGGAGGGCACAUGUGUAAUUAUGUUGAAGAUAUGAAUUAUGUCAAGAACAUUUCUGCUUUAGAAAAGUUGCAGCUUUAUAUCAAAACUAGAGUGAAUACAUUUAUGACUAUCUUUUCAAUGUCUCCUGAAACCAUGAAUAGAGUUGAUCCAAUCAUAUUCUUUACAAACGCUUUGGAGAGAUUUAUGAGCCAAGCAUCAUCAUCCAAUGAUUGUUUAGGUUUCUUUAAUGAAAGAGGAGAAAAAAUUCGAAGAUAUGAAACCUUUUGGAUGAAUAAUUGCUUUAUUCCUGUGCUAAACGAUUACGGAAAUAUUGUCAACAAGAUGAACGAACAAACACAACUGCUGCAGAGAAUUUCUCAAUUUAAAGAGGCCUCUAUGAACAUUAGAAAAGUGAGGGAUGUAUUCAUUUCACAAAAAUCAAUUCUCCAUCUUUUAUAUGAACGUUUUUCUGAAGUAGAGAAUAAUAAUGGAGCUUAUGAGACACUACGACAAGUGAUCAAGUUCAAGCAUUGGCUCUCCUUUAGUGAUUAUAUUCAAGAUUUCAUUGCCAUGUAUAUUGAACUGCAUCGAGGAUUGAGUGGAAAGUUAGAAGAACAUGAAAUUCACAUCACUAUUAAGGAUGCCAUCCGUCGCAUGACUCGAGAGAAACAACAAGAAAUUCAGGAUCUUUGGACGAGAGUAAAACAAAAUUGGUCAGAUAUCAAACACAAAACACUCCAAGCAUUAGGAGAAGUGGUUUGCCAGCAAGCAGAACGAGAUAUCAUUGAUUUGAAUGAUGACACUAUUUUAUCUUCUGUAUUACACGUGGCAGAAGGAAAUAACGCAAUAGGAAUGAUGAUUAAGAAUAUUUAUGUGGCCCAAUCUUCGAUUCAACAAAGUUACUCUUCAAGUAGCUAUGUGUAUGCUGAAUCAGCUGUUCAUAUCACGGACAAGCUAUUCAAUCACUUGCUCUUUAUCCAUCUCAAAGAAGAUCACUUGUGUGAAAUGGUGAAAAGUUUCUUGAUCGUCAAGAACAAUCGUAAUGAUUUUGAUUGGACAGGUCUCGAGUUCCUAUUCAAAGAAUCACUUGCAAAAGGAAGAAUUACGAUUCAGAUACUUGAUUCUGCUCCCCUCACACCCUCUGCUAAAUUUGAAUUUAAGAAACAAAACGUUCAACAGCAAUCAGACAAAAAUGUUGAAGCAGCCAUUGACGAAAUUGAGGAUGAAGAAAACGCGUAUAAGAACAGCAUUGACUAUUACUUUAAAAUUCUUACAGAAUAUGAAGCCGAGUUGGGAGAAAAUGAAAAUAUUGAGCUUGUGGAUGAUAAAAAGAAAACUCUCUUGAGCAGUAUUGAUACCAAGAAUGUGAAUGAAGUAUUGAAAUUGGCAAAGGAUCUUUGUGUCAUCCUGGAGCAUCACAAACUGAAUGUUCCCAAUUACUUGUCCUAUGCUCCAAAUGGAUCCGUUUUGAAAAAGCUGAAAAAAGUGAAAGACUCUGAAUUAUAUUCUCUGCUUCAGACUGUGUUGGAUAUCAUUUAUAACCGAGAAGAAGCAAAAACUCUCUAUGAAAAAUUUGCUGCAGCUCAAUUCAGAUAUCCAUUGACAUCUGGCAUGAAGAAAUAUUUGGAUAAAAUUGGAAAAGAAUUGGAAGAUCAAGUGAAACAACAAGAUCCAAACAUUGACAAAAAUCCACUUUUGGAACUUUUUGAACAAAGUAUCAAACAUCAACUCAGUUACGAUAUUCAAGUUUCACACUUUUUACCAAAAACCAUUACUACACGAGAAACGGUAGCAUAUAUUGAAUAUUUGAGAAGACUCAUUGGUAAAAUUGGCUUGCAUCGAUCGGAAGUUGUGGUGUCCUCUCGUAAUUGUUAUACUGAAAAAGUUCCUAAUAGCCUUGCUAGUAGUGCUCGACUCUCAAAUUCUGAUUCCAUUCUCCAAAAAUUUGGUACCUAUGAAGAAAAACAAGCUUAUCAAGAGACGGAGCAUGAGUGGAACAAUGACAUGCAAGAUCAACCUCCGUUCAUGUACUCAUCACCAAUAGAAAGAAUAUCCAAGCUAAGAGAGGCCAUUCAAAGAGAGCUUGAUACUUCAAAGGAGUUAAUGGAAGAGCUCGCUCAAUUGAAACGCUUAGAGCGACUGUUGCGCUUGAAAUGGGAAGCACAACAAUUAAGACAAGAAAGUGAAAUGUUGCAACAACAGUUGAAGGAGAGCAAAAAGAUAAGGACAAGGAUGUACUUGAAAGGUUGGAAUUUAUUAAGAAAGCAGUAG